AUGGUUACAAGAUGCAAAGGUUUACCACUUGCUAUAUCAGCACUCGGAGGAAUUCUUAAAGGCAAACAUUCGUUGAGAGAGUGGGAAAGAAUAAAUGAAGAUGUUUCUUUUCAUGUGGCCAGGGGUGGGGGAGUAACCAAUGAUGAUGAAUACUACACUGUGAGACAGAUUUUAGGCUUGAGUUAUGGUAAUCUACCAUCUCGUUUGCAACAUUGUUUUCUUUGUUUUGCCAAUUAUAAAGAGGAUGAAAUCAUUGACACCGAGGAAUUGUACAUUAUUUGGAUGGCAGAGGGUCUUAUAUCAGUGGAAGAUAGAGCGCAAGGGGAGAUGAUGUUGGAAGUAGCCGAACGCUAUCUGGAUGAACUAGCACAUCGAAGUCUUGUUACAGUUAAAGUACAUGAUUACGCAAAUGACUCCCGGUCAAAGUACAAAGAAUGUGUUGUUCAUGAUCUUAUUCAAGAUUUGUGCUGGUCUAAAGUAAAAGAGCAAGGAGUGAUGCAUGUUAUUGAUUUAGAGCGCAAACUUGACAUUGGAUCCAAAGCAGGCAUAGUACGCAGAUUGUGUGUCCGCUCACAUGAUGCUAACAGAGAGGUGUUACAACCUUAUGAUCCACAUGUACUUGCACAAAUUCGAUCUCUUUUCAUUUGGAAUGAUCUGGACGACGACCCUCCACUGUGGCCAAACCAUAUAUUUACUCUUGAAAAAUUUAAACUGCUCCGAGUUUUUACAGCCUGCAGGUACUGCAAAUUAAGCAAGAAAGAUGUAAGAAGCCUAUCGAAGCUAGUUUACUUGAAGUAUUUGAGUUUACAAGAUUGUGAGUUGGAUAUUUUGCCAGCGUCAAUAGGGAAGCUAAGAAAUUUGGAAACCCUUGAUGUAAGAACGCAAGGUGUUUGUUUGAGCAUACCAAAUGUUCUACGUCAUUUAGCUCUACGGUCAGUGGAAAACACUUAUUUGGACGGGGAGAUGGUGUUGUUGGACCAUAAAGAGUAA